AAAGUGUAUUUUUACAGAAGGAUCUUGGGAUACAACCUAUUGCAGUCCCUUCGACAAUGCGUCGUAUUCGUACUUCUUUUGAUUUACAAACGAGGUUUUCAAGUAUAUCAGAGAAUUAUGAUCUAUGUAGUAUAUUAUUAGGGGUAGGAAGUUUAAUGGCAUGGACAGGUGUACUCAGAUAUCUCGGUUUCUUCGCAAAAUAUAAUAUACUGAUUAUAACAUUAAAGAAAGCGUUCCCGAAUGUUUUACGAUUUAUGGUGUGUGCGUUGAUACUAUAUCUGGGUUUUAUGUUCUGUGGUUGGGUUAUACUCGGACCGUAUCAUAUAAAGUUUCGACACCUAAGUACAUCAUCAGAAUGUUUAUUUUCACUGGUUAAUGGAGACGAUAUGUUUGUUACAUUCUCGGCCACCCAGACGACCAAUAAGAUGAUAUGGUAUUUUAGUCGCGUAUAUUUAUACACGUUUAUAAGUUUAUUUAUAUAUAUAGUACUCAGUUUAUUUAUAGCCGUUAUCAUGGACACUUACGAAACACUCAAGCAUUAUGCAGCUAAUGGGUUUCCUAAGAGUGAGUUAUUUGAGUUUAUAGAUCAAUGUAAUGACUUGCCAUCAUCAGGACGAUUUGAUGAGAAUAAAGGCUGUUGUUUAUUUAAUUGUUUACCAUGUUGUAAUGGACAUGAUCGUGACAGCCCAGAUGAAAAAACCAGAUUAUUAAAUCAUGUUUCUUUGUAAGAGUUUGAUGAGAAUAUACGAGUAACCGCGGGUAACCGUUAAAGACUUUAUUUAUGGUUCAUGUAACCGCGGGUAACCGUUAAAGACUUUAUUUAUGGUUCAUGUAACCGCAGGUAACCGUUGAAGACUUUAUUUAUGGUUCGUGUAACCGCGGGUAACCGUUGAAGACUUUAUUUAUGGUUCGUGUGUAACAGAAACGGUGGCAAAAUACUUUUUUAAUCAGAAUGUUUAUAAUGAUAAUACUGAGUUCUUAUAAAGUUAAUGCUCAAGGUGAAUUUAACUCUCCACUUACCACAAGAUAAAAUCACAGCUAAUGUUAAUAAAACAGCCGAGAGAGUGUGAAUUCUUUAUGGUCACAGGUAAUUAAUGCAUUCCAUAGAAAAAUGCAUUCGGUUUUAGUAGAAAUGGCUACCUAAUCAAUUAGGAGUGUGGUGAAGUUAAUAUGGGGGUUAAAGUGACACUUGAUUUAGUUAUAAUUCGUUACACCGAGUAUUACACCAGAACAGAACCAAAUCAAGUAUAGCUCCUUGGUCAGAGUAUUACACCAGAACGGAACCAAAUCAAGUACAGUUCCUUGGUCAGAGUAUUACACCAGAACAGAACCAAAUCAAGUAUAGCUACAUGGUCAGAGUACUACACCAGAAUGAAACCAAAUCAAGUAUAGCUCCUUGUUCGGAGUAUUACUCCAGAACAGAAACGAAAUCAAGUACAGGCCACGUGUCUAGAUCAGUAGUGAAAUUUUCAAAAUGGCUGAUCUGUUCUCGAUAACUUUAGUACAUAAAAUAUUUUAUCGAAAUUUAUAAAAGAAAAAUUACUAGGUUCAUUUGGUUUUCUUUAUAGAAAAAAAACCAAUUUGGGUAGGUACCGAAAAUAUUGUCUUUAGUAACAUUAAUUGGAAACCUGUGAAAUAAUUGAAGAGUCCAGGGGAAGAACGAUCUAAGUCACAUUUUUGUCUUUUCUCAUAAAAGGCAAUACAGACUUUUGGAUGAGAAUGCUUGACGCGAACAGAACAACGAGUUGGUUUUUAAUUACAACUUCAACAUGAUGAUGUUUAAUACGAAUCAUAAUUACCAAUACAACAACUGACUUCCACUUUUUAGCCAAAUUAAGGUCAAAUAAAGGGUACAAUGGACUUAUUUGUCCGGGAGGCCAUUUCAGAUAAGCCUUUACCUGAAAUUGAUUGUUCCACAGAAAGUUUAUUCAAUUUGCUACCAGAUGGCGCCAUUAACUGGGGUUCGUUGAAAAAGUGACUUAGAUCGUUCUUCGCUGGGACACUUCAAUUAGAUUUUGAAAAAUAUUUUCUUCUAUUUUGUUAUCUCCCUUUGUUCUUUCAAGAAAUCUUCAAACUGGGUAUGAAUGACGUUAUUAUGAAAUAUGAAUAAUGCGGAUACCAUUUGUAAAAAAUGAAAUGUUUUGCUCUGAACUGGGCUAAUGAAGACGGGCAUAUACCAUACAGUGUGCUAUGAGGGAAAUUUUGCCCGGACAGCGGCACUACGGCCUACUCUUAUAUCUAAUUCCAACUGUCAAUGGAUCUUUUAUGUGCACGCCAAUGUGUACACGGGACCUCGUUUUUUGUCUCAUCCGAAUGACUAGACAGCUGUCCUUGUCAGGCCACCAUUUGUAAGAGUAUAAAACCAGGAUUAUUCACAAUAAUCUACUUUAUUCCACACAGAUAAAAUGUUUUCGAUGUCAACCAUCUUUGAAAAUAACCCCAGCUCCCUAUCUGCACCACCUCAGCGAUGAAUCAAAAGUCGAAAGUUCAAUUGAGUAUACCGAUGAUUAAAUCAAAUUAUCCGUUAUAUUAAAUAUGAUCUCGGUGAUUAUUAUAUUGAUUCUGUUCUAUGUAACUGUUUUAAUAAUAUGAUGUAUAUAUGUAUAUAAUCUUGUCAUGUACAACUGGGGAAUCGAAACCCCGCCAGUUGACUCAAUGACAGACCGUAUGAUACAGAGCAUGUGCGUGCUAACCCCAACCCCCCUCCCCGUGUAUGAAACCACCGUACUACGGUCAGAAGUUUCAAGAGUGGCCAAACAAAUGUUAUCUGAAAAUACUAGCACAACCGUAAAGCUGCAUUGUAUCAUAAGGUCCUGAAGCUUGUCAGAAAUAAUUUACGUUGUGACUGUUACAUAUGAGUAGGCCUAUAUAUGAUAAUUGACCUAUAUUUUAUUAUUGUUAUAAUUAAUUAUUUUAGACUUCGAUCAUUCUGGUCAUAGUAUUUUGUUAUUCUCUCCACGUGUUAAUUUUAUAAUGAAAAUAGUGUAUGUUUAGUUCGUUCGUUCCUAAAGUUUUAUAUCCACUUCCACCAUAGGUGAUAUCGUAUGUUUAAACCAGGCUUUGGUAUUUAACCAGGCAUUCUUUAAGCUCACUGGAAAAGCUGAUCCCGAAUGUCAAUGUUACCUGUCACAGGUAAAUUUCAACGUUAGCGAUUUCCACCGUUCUAGGUCAGUAGUCAUAAGCCCCCCACCACCCACCCAAAAGACGUCUUUCUAGUCCUUCUGUACAUAUUCUAGUCUAUAUUUCUGUCAUUCUCCACACAAGUCUCGCUAUCCAGCAUUCGAACUGCAAGGAAAGACAACUCUGUUUGAGAGGAUGUAUUUGACAUAAUUACUUUCAUUAUUUAAAAAAAAUUCAAUCUGAUUAAAAUAAAGAUCUAUAUUUCGUUUUGUUUUUUUAUACUUUUGAUGGCCUACACUACAUGAAGAUCUGACCGGUUGUUGCGAUAGCUCGCAUCAGAGGUCAUACGAGUGGCUUUUGACCAUGUGACGUUAGACAUUUGAUUAACCAAUCAGCAUUGAUGUUACUAGUGUAUUACCCACAGUUCCGUGCAAAACACGCCUAAAGCUCGCCGUAACAGACCUCACACUAUUCAGAACACGUCGAUGAUAACAACUCUUCCAGAUCCUAGUGUAGUAAAGACAAGUAAAACGAAAUUUUGAACUAUAAAAACGAAACGAAAUAGGAUCUGUGUUUUAAAUCAGAUUUAAAAAAUUUCGGAAGGUUUUUAAAGUGAGUUUUAUGUGUUCAACAAACUGUUGAUCUAGAAACUGGUCCUCAACCAUUACUCAUCUUGUUUGUGUGUCCGAAUGUCCAUCUAGGCCCAGGGCCCUGUGGUUCAUGGCAAAAAGAGAAAAAAUCAAAUUCCAGAUGAAAGUUUCACAGUAAUUGAUCUAGCGGCAUGAUGGCGGAGACAGAGCUAUCGCUCAACCUUCUCUAUGAUGUUCCAGUCGGUGAUUGGUCUAGGCUUAUAGCGGUGCAAUGGGCGGAGACGUCUGCAAUCCCUCAACCUUCUCUGUGAUUGGUCGAAUCCCAUUCACAAGGAUAUGAAAUAAUCUUUUCAUCGCGUUAGGGGCCCCGCGAUUCUUGUCAGGCCCAGGGCCCCCACUCCGGUUAAGCUGUGCUUUGAGAGGUCACAAUUUUUGUCAGAUUAUGAUGAAACUUUAAAAAUAUGAUUAUAUCCCAGAGAUCUCGGUUCCUUGUGAUAUUUUUCGCUUAUCGGACUGUAGCUUCCUGGAUUAUGGUCUGUUGAUCUACGAAAAAUCGCCUUUUAAACUUCAGAAGCCUGUAAGAGGUCACAAUUUUUACCUGUCAGUGUUACCCCAUAAUUACAGUUAAGUUCGAAUUUCGUGAAAAUUGGGCAGAGACUUUCUUAUAAAAUGGCCGCUCCACUUUAUACAAGUAGUAUAAUGUAUUACCAAGGUUUUGGACCCUCUAAAGGUCUCAAUCUUUAUCAGAUUUUGAUGAAACAUAGAAUAUGUGUUUAUAUUCCAAAGAUCUCGGAUUUCCGAUUAUGGUACCUGGUUGUAUCUCUGUCCAUCUCUUAACAAAAUGUGGGCGUAUGUUGUAUGGCAACCGCUUGUUAAAAUACUCACUGAUAAUUAUAUAGUGUAUCCAUGACAUCAAGAAUGAUGAAUUGAAUAAUCUAGGUUCCUGAUGCUUUAGUGCCAAUCUGUACAUAUUGUUCUUGAUGGAAUGUCACUUAUAAUAUAUAUUACAAUUGAUGUAAUUUAUUAAAGAACUCAUCAAUAUAUCA